AAGGCUCAGUCGGAGCGGAGAGGAGCGGAGCAGGAGGGAAGUGCUGCCGAGCCUGGGAAAAUGCCAGUCGAGACAAGUUCUGCCUUCCCUCCCAGGUGUGAUUGCCCGGCCUGAACGGCUGAGUUGGGAAAGGCAGAAGCAACGCCUGAUGACUGACCUGCCUCCCUCGUUUUUAACACUGAAGCCAGAUUGUUUUAACUAAAGAUGGAAACACUGGAGUCGGAACUGACUUGCCCAAUUUGCUUAGAGUUGUUCGAAGACCCCCUCCUCCUGCCGUGUGCUCACAGCCUGUGCUUCAGCUGCGCCCACCGCAUCUUGGUUUCCAGCUGCUCCUCUGGCGAGAACCUCGAACCCAUCACAGCCUUCCAGUGUCCCACCUGCCGGUAUGUCAUAUCCCUUAACCAUCGGGGCCUAGAAGGCCUUAAACGGAAUGUGACCUUACAGAAUAUCAUUGACCGAUUCCAGAAGGCCUCUCUGAGCGGGCCCAGUUCCCCCAGUGAGAACUACCGUGAGCGAUCCUAUCGCCGCAGCCCGACCAUGUCGACAGUGGUGGACCGGAUAGCUUGCCAGUUCUGCGAGCAGGACCCUCCCCGCGACGCCAUCAAGACCUGCAUUACUUGCGAGGUGUCCUACUGUGACCGCUGCCUGCGGGCCACCCAUCCCAAUAAGAAGCCAUUCACCAGCCACCGGUUGGUGGAGCCUGUGCCGGACACUCACUUCCGGGGGCUGAUGUGCCUUGAGCACGAGAAUGAGAAGGUGAACAUGUACUGUGUGGCUGAUGACCAGCUCAUCUGUGCCUUAUGCAAACUGGUGGGGCGGCACCGGGAUCAUCAAGUGGCAUCCCUGAGUGACCGGUUUGAGAAGCUGAAGCAAACUCUGGAGAUGAACCUCACCAACUUGGUUAAGCGCAAUAGUGAGCUAGAAAACCAGAUGGCCAAACUGAUACAGAUCUGUCAGCAGGUGGAGGUUAACACAGCCAUGCAUGAAGCCAAACUGAUGGAGGAAUGCGAUAAGUUAGUGGACAUCAUCCGCCAGCGUAAGCAAGUGAUCGCUGUCAAGAUCAAAGAGACGAAGGUGAUGAAGUUGAGGAAGCUAGCCCAGCAGGUAGCCAACUGCCGGCAGUGCCUGGAGCGGUCCACGGUCCUCAUCAACCAAGCUGAACACAUCUUGAAAGAAAGCGACCAUGCACGGUUCCUGCAAACGGCGAAGAAUGUGGCAGAAAGGGUUGCCAUGGCAACUGCAUCCUCUCAAGUUUUGAUACCCGAUAUCAAUUUUAACGAUGCCUUUGAAAACUUUGCUUUAGAUUUUUCCAGAGAGAAGAAAUUGCUGGAGGGGCUGGAUUAUCUAACAGCACCCAACCCACCCUCUGUCCGUGAAGAACUUUGCACCGCCUCCCAUGACACCAUCACUGUCCACUGGAUCUCAGAUGAUGAGUUCAGCGUCGGAUCCUAUGAGCUCCAGUAUACCAUCUUCACAGGCCAGGCCAACUUUAUCAGUCUCUACAAUUCUAUGGACAGCUGGAUGAUUGUUCCCAACAUCAAACAGAACCAUUAUACGGUGCAUGGGUUGCAAAGCGGCACACGAUACAUCUUCCUCGUCAAGGCGAUCAAUCAGGCUGGCAGCCGAAACAGUGAGCCUGCCAGGCUAAAGACUAACAGCCAGCCUUUCAAGUUAGACCCUAAAAUGGCUCAUAAAAAGUUGAAGAUUUCCAAUGAUGGACUUCAGAUGGAGAAAGACGAAAGCUCCCUGAAAAAGAGUCACACCCCCGAGAGGUUCAGUGGAACAGGCUGCUACGGGGUGACGGGGAAUGUGUUCAUUGACAGUGGAUGCCAUUACUGGGAGGUAACUCUAGGAACCUCCACUUGGUACGCCAUUGGCAUUGCCUACAAAUCAGCCCCUAAGAAUGAGUGGGUCGGCAAGAACUCCUCCUCUUGGGUUUUCUCCCGCUGCAACAACAGCUUUGUCGUGCGGCAUAACAACAAGGAGAUGCUGCUUGAUGUCCAUCCCCAGAUGAAGCGCUUGGGCGUCCUCCUGGACUAUGACAACAAUGUCUUCUCCUUCUACGACCCUGCCAACUCGCUCCAUCUCCAUACGUUUGAGAUUGCUUUCAUCCUGCCUGUCUGCCCUACCUUUACCAUUUGGAACAAAUCAUUAAUGGUGGUAACGGGUCUUCCUGCUCCAGACUUUAUAGACUACCCGGAACAGCAGGAAUGUAACUGCCGGCCUCAAGAGUCCCCGUAUGUAUCAGGAAUGAAAACCUGCCAUUGAGGACCCAAGAAGUCCUGUCUUGUCAGCCAAGUCUCUGGAGCAACUGUUGCAACUUAGAUGGGGCAAUGACCUCAUGUGUGUUUUGGAGGCAGCUGGCGGCUUGCAAGCCUCUCUCUCGUUUACUGAAAGUCCACCGCUCGUGGUGCAUCGCUCGUGGUGCAUCGGUGUGGGUGGCAUUUCAUGGACCGGAUUUUUAAUAUUUUAUUUUAUUUUUAUUUUUAUUUUGAUAGCACUACUGAAUUGUCUCCAAUGGAGUUGGCAUGUCUUGUUUGUUCCUGACAAGAGGAAGGGGGCACCAUGGCAGGGUAUGGAGAUGGAUCGUGCCAUCUCAGCUGCAUGGGAAUCCAAAGUGCAACAUGGGUUUUGUUUUGUAAAACAGACAGAGGAGUCUGAGGGGGAGGGGACGCCAUCAGGUCUCUUAAGCUAUCAUUUGGGGGAGAAUCGGAACCAAACAAAGUUGGAACCCAAGCCAUUGCCUAGAAAAUACAGGUCUGGGUCCCCUAUUACCCCAUAACAAUUGUACAUGGGGGAGAGGGGGCAACAUGAAUUUAGCACUCUGCAAAUAUUCCUCUUUCAGAUAUAUGGAAAAGGGAGUUAGCCAAUAGGAAAUGGCCCUUUCUCAAAGCCCAAUAUCCCCAAAUUUUGUCAUCGGCCAUAUUCCUUCCAAAUCAUAUAUACUCCAGCACAGUGGCUCUAAACAAGGAUUGGCCCAUAUAGACUUCUGCAUGUAGGUCAGUUCCCCUUGGCUGAUGUUAACACUGAACGCGUAGAAUGAGGAGAUGCAUGAGGAGAGCAUCUGGUGCUCCAUAAGCGCAGUCCGCUUUCUUCCAAACCCGGUCUGAAUGAAAAGAGAUGAGAUCCAUAUAGACCUAUUCUAUGCACCCAGUGUGAAGAUGUCACAAAAGCUUGGCUAACUGAAGCUUUGUUUGUGCACUUUUACACACAGUGGGAGCUCGUUGCUGCUAGCAGAUUAGCUGUUCUUCCUACCCAGAAGCGCCUUCUGGGCAGCAAAUUUUGUAAACAAGUUGGAAGUCCAAGGGCUGUAAGGAAUGUAUUUUAUUCAGAAAUGGGUGAUGUGGUGCUGGCCUAAAAGUUAGAAUAACUUCAGGCUUUUGAAAUGCCAACAGAUUCUCUUCCUUAGGUCAUAGAUUUUAUUAGAGGAAAAGAGGCCAGUAUCCAACCCAACCUAAUUCAAUCCAACCCAAUCCCAAUCCCAAUCCCAACCCAACCCAAUGUAACUCAACCCAACCCAACCCCAACUCAACCCAACCCAACCCCAACUUAACCCAACCCAACCCAAACCCAACCCAACUCAAUCCAACCCAACUCAACCCAACUCAACCCAACCCAACCCAACCCAACCCAAUGCAGGAAAUGUAAGAGGAGGGAUUUCAGUUUAGGACAAUCUUGGAACCAACAACUUAUUUGGUAAAGUUAGCAUCCCAGACUGGUGGUAUCCAAAAGGAUUCUUCCAUUCUAUUUGCUGGUGUUCCAUUUGUCCCAUCAUCUGGUUCAGAUCAUUUGAUUGGAGGUUGAUUGUCCUUCCUUUUUCUGGGACAAGGCAUCCUUGUUGCUUCCCAUCCUAGUGGAAGCAAGUCAGCUGAUUCAGUUAUAUCCCAGGAAGGGCAGACUAAACUUCAGCCUUUUGGAAAGGAGGUGGGGGGGGGACAUUGCAAGGGUCCAAGAUGCAUACAUGAAACCUCCCAGAGAUGUGACACUUCAGUUUGGCCUUUAAUUUAACCCUAUCCCACUAAACCGUUAAAUAUUGCACUGUGGAACAUAGGCCGUUUUAACUGCUGAUUUUCUUGGCAUGGCUUGGAUACCUGAAAUGACAGGCUUCCCAUGGAAUGCCCGCUGGCGAUGUAGGAAAAGAUGGGAACUGGAGUCCUCUAACUGUCUACCCCAGACCCGGGGAAAGCUGUUUUAGACUGCAGCCCAUUGCUAGAAAAGUCACACCAGACCAUUUGGUGUCUGGUGACAAAGUGGCCCUAAAACUGCCCUAUGGAAGAAAGCUUGAAAUGUCUUGGUUUUCUUCUUGAUUCAGUAUGCUCAACAUUUGGGCAUUUUCUUCCUUGGGGGUGGGGGGGGGGAACGUGGUUCCUGUUGCUUUGGGGUGGGGUGGGGGGUUUCAACGAAAAACAUUGGAGAGCAUGAUAUUAUUCAGGUUCGUAUUGUGCUUGACCCUCAGGUCCUCUCCUACGAUGCAGGGAGAAGUUCAUUGAGAUGUUGGCAGAUCAAAUGUAAUGCCUUUGGAAGUUUUCGGUGGGAAGCCAUUGUUACAAAGAAGUAGCCAUCAUGCCACAGUAUUUGAUGUUCUGUAUCUAUGGGCGGGUGCCCUACAGGGUUUCCUCUACAGCAGGACUGUCAAACUCAAGGCCCUGAGGGCCGCAUCUGGCCUACAAUGUAGUCAAAUCUGGCCUGCAGGACCAUUCUGGAAAAUGUAAGGGGCCGGCCUGUGUUCGCUUUGGCCUGGUCUACCCCAGUGGUGAAAUGUAAAAUUUGUUACUACCGGUUCUGUGAGCAUGGCUUGGGGGGGGGGGGUGUUAAUUAGACUGGUGGGGCUUGGCCAACUUUUUUUUUUUUUUUUUACUUUUAAAAUCAUUCUUUCUACAACCUCUUUGGCAUUUUUGUAAAAAAAAUGCUUUUAAAGCCUCUGACGAUCCCAGCUGACUUGCCUGAUCGGCAGAGGCUUUUUUUCCUUUUAAAAACAUUUUUUCUAUAACCUCUUCGGCCGGAGAGGUUGUAGAAAAAAUGCUUUUAAAAAUUCUUAAAAAAAGCCUCUGAUGAUUGAGCAGCUCAGCUGGACAAUGGGGGGGUGGGGGCAGGGAUUUUUGCUACCGGUUCUCCGAACCACCUGCCUCCAUCGCUACCGGUCCGAACCGGGAGCAUUUCACCCCUGGUCUACCCGUAUCUCUUCGGCCCAGUCUAUUUGGGUCGCUUCAGCCCAGUCUUCCCAAUGUGAAGAGGAAACAUCGGGCCAGGAUGGCUUCGGCCCCAGUGCAAAGAGGAAACAUACCAGCAGUUUGGGGAGUGGUGUCAUGCUGGUCACGCCCACCCAGUUGGCCACGCCCCAUGAGUGGCAUCAAGCUGGCCAUGCCCACCCAGUUGGCCAUACUCACUCAGUCAACCAUACCCGUCCCCCACCAAGGUCAACCACAGCCCCGAUGCGGCCCUCCAUGAAAUUGAGUUUGACACCCCUUGCUCUACAGCAACUGUCAAGACUUUUAUGAUUGCUGCUAAACUUGUCACUCCUCAACCUGUAAGGUCAGCUACAAAGAUGGAUUUCCUUCAAGUUGCAUGACUGAAAUGGCUCGUUUUAGCGGGAGGGUUGUUUUUGUUUUUGUUUUUGUUUUUAAAAUUGGGGUCAGUUCCAAAAGCGUGACCUGGAAUAAACGCGAGGGCACCCUCACUAACCGAUGAGCUCGUGCCCAAAUAUCAGCGUCCGAGAUCACUGCGAUGUGGUAGUGGUGUUCCUGUUUGUAUUUCCAGCCAACUUCAGGGCGCAUCAUUGCACAGAAUUCAAUCGCCCGUCAUAAACCCUCCGAGAAUCUCAGCCAUCGUUUUAAAAAAAAGCAAGCAAACGGAAGCAGCCUAGAUCGCUAGCUUUUCUUUACGGUUACGGAGAGACUGAAAAUUGUAGAAGCAAAGGCCUCUUCAGAAGGCCCCGCAAUUAAAAGUUGGAAAAAUA